AUGUCUAGCGUCCAUGGAACGCUUCGCCGCUUGGAGCGAUUAAAUGCGGCAUGUACUGGCAAUCGAACUGCUGCAUUGCAAACAGAAGGCGCAUCGGCAACAACAACAGACGCAGUGAAUGUCGAUACCAGCCGCAUGAGCGCUUAUGACAAGGGCCAAUAUGAGAUCGCUUGCUGCAUGAAGAGAGUGCGUGAGAACAUCGUGCGCAUGGAAGACGCGGCGGACACGAUGGACAUUACACAGCGGGCGGAGGUGUCCAACUCCAUUCGUCGUGACAUGAGCAAUAUGAAAAAGAAUGCCUACACAUUGUAUCGCGUGGCGGUGAAAGAAGGCAGGCGCGAGGAUUACAACCAGUUAAUGGCACAUAUUAACAAGACAGAGCAGCUCAAACGUGCGUCCUACGGCGGACAAUUAACGGGCGAUGUCAUUGAUCGUGAGGGAAGUGGCAUUGGUGCUGCAGGGGCCAACACGUUCAACGCUGACAGCAGCGCAAUGCACAGGUCUGGCGAGCCUCUCAUGUCGGCACGCGACGACGAGGAGUUUGCGCUCUUCUUUGAGCAAACCAAGAAGCGCGAUUUGGAGAUGGAUGAUGCGCUCGACCGCAUCGGGGUAGGAUUAACGCGGCUUAACGAAAAUGCUUUGUCGCUGCAGUCAGAGCUGUCAACACAGCAGCGACUGCUCGAUGACACGGAGGUGAAGGUAGAUGGCGUACACGUCAAGUUGACAUCCAUGAAUGCACGUCUACGCAAGACAUUGAAGGAGUUGGGUAAGGAUCGCAUAGCCAUGUACGUGUUCUGCUGCAUUCUCCUCAUAGCCAUUGCGGGGGGCAUUUACUUUGCAGCGAAGUAA